UCGUUUUUUUUCGUCUGCAAACAUUUUCCAGUUUGUUACUGUCGUACAGACGUAAAUCAUCACGUAAUCUAUUUGAAUCUUUCUCACAACGGUUAUGGCAAAAUAUUUGGCCCAAAUAAUUGUUAUGGGGGGCCAGGUUAUUGGACGAGCGUUUGCUAGAGCUCUUAAACAAGAAUAUCAAGCUAGCCAGGAAGCUGCCAAAAGAGCUGGUGGUGGGAAAGCCGGCGCAUCACGUGUAGAAGCUAACUUCAAGACAGGCAUGACCCUCGAGGAAGCAAAAGAAAUCUUGAAUGUGGAUAAAUUAGAACCUGAGUUGGUACAGAAGAACUAUGAUCACUUGUUCAAAGUUAAUGACAAAACGAAAGGUGGUUCAUUCUACCUUCAAUCCAAAGUAUACAGAGCUAAGGAACGACUUGACCAAGAAUUGAAACACGAAACAACAAAACAAGGACCGUCAACAGAAAAUAAAAUGUAACUUUCUUCAAAACAACAGUUAAGAUUUUGGAAAUUAUCUUUGUAGUCAAAUGAAAAAUUGUACAUAUAGGGAUAACUAAUAAAAAUUUUUAUAACAUC